AUGGAAGUUAACAAAGAAGAAGCUCUGCGAUGUCUAUCCAUCUCCUCUCGACACCGAGCCAACUCGAAUCUCCCCUCCGCAUUGAAAUUCGCUAGGAAGUCAGUAGCCUUGUAUUCGACGACAGAGGGAGAGGCAAUGGUCAUAGCUAUAGAAAGGGAGAUAGAAUCAGGUGGAUCAGGUUCUGGUUCUGGUACUUCUACGCCGGCACCCGCACCGACACCUAAUGGUACUUCCACACCAACUAGCAAUGGCGAUGCAGGAGGGAGUAAAGGGAAAGCUACGGGUGUAGAAGAACAUAUCACUUCGGCUCAUACGAGACCUGGACAUAGUGGUACUACAAGCACGAAUAAGGAAAGUACAGGAAGCAAAAAAAGUUAUACGGCGAAACAGUUAGAAGUGGUGAAAAGGGUCAAAAGUUGUAAACAUCAUGAGUAUUAUGAGAUAUUAUCUGUUGAGAAAAGUUGUACAGAGAAUGAUGUCAAGAAAGCUUAUAAGAAGCUCGCUCUGGCUUUACAUCCAGAUAAGAACAAUGCACCAGGAGCCGACGAAGCGUUCAAGAUGGUAUCCAAAGCAUUCCAAGUAUUAUCCGAUCCCGACCUCAAAGCGGCAUUCGAUUCAAACCCCUCCUACGACCCUACACAGCGUAAUCCUGGAAUGUCCGCUUCGUCAGGUAUGCGUGGUUUCGGAGGUGGAGGGGGUGGACCAGGAAUGUAUCAGACGGAAAUCAAUCCUGAAGAUCUGUUUAAUAUGUUCUUUGGAGGUGGUGGAGGUGGUUUUGGUGGAUCACCUUUCGGACAGGCUAAUGUAUUCACAUUUGGUGGACCUGGUGGAUUCCAAGCUCAUUACGGUGGUCGACCACGACGUCCCCAACCUCGUGGUCCAGCCACAGCAGGAGGCGCAAACGAGUCAUCACCAUUGGUAGCUUUAUUACCCAUCAUCAUCUUAUUUGCUUUUGCCCUUCUUUCGAUCAUCCCAUCGAUCUUCACCGGUAGCUCUCAACCAGAUCCUGCAUAUGGGUUCGAGCCGUCGACAAGGUUGAAUGUUAAUAGGGAAACGUCUAAUUGGAAAGUCCCCUAUUAUGUGAAUGGGCAAGAAUGGGAGAAAUCAGAGAUUUACAGUUCUAUACCGGAUAGCAGGAAAGGUAAAACCAAUGAAGGGUUGUAUAGCUCGAAGCUGAGAGGGUUCGAGAGAGGGGUAGAGAAUGUUUAUGCUAGGAGAUUACAGAAUGAGUGCCAAUACUUCCUAGAUCGCAAACAACAGCGUAUCAACGAGAACUCGGGAUUCUUCGGUAUAGGAGCUAAUACGGACAAGUUGAAAGAGAUCAGGUCACAGAAGAGCCCCGCUUGUGAACAGUUGAGGAAAUGGGGUUUGGUCAGUCAAGGGGCAUGGUAA